UGCUAGGAUUACAGGCGUGAACCACAGCGCCCAGCUAAAGAAAGUCAACAAGCAAAAUGCCCUGAGCACCCCAAGAAACUGUUGCCACGACCUUUGCUCUUGACUGAUCCACUUUUGCUUUGACUGACCACUUCCACCACUUGGUGCCAUUGCCUUGCUUGUCCUUUGUCUUCAGGAUCUCAUGGACGGCAUUUGGCUAAUGAGCAAGGUGGUGAGGUCAUCAAGUGAGUCAGAGGUGCAGCUCUGGGAAACAGAAGAGGAUGACAUGACAGAAGGUGAUUUGGGAUAUGGCCUUGGAAGAAGACCUGGUGGUAUUUAUGAAGUGGAAGUUUCACAAUUAUUUACAUCUAGAAAAAGAUCAAAUGGAAAGAACUUUAGCCCUCCCCCAUUUCCAAGAAUGGAGGAAGAAAGAAGUGGAGGUAUUUUUCAAUAUUCCAAACAUAAGAGCUUGCAAGAUACAUACCCUCCAGGGUCCAGAAUUUCCAGUUACAGAAGACAAAGUAGCACUGAUUCUACUUCAGAAUUGUCAAAUGAAGAAUUAAGGCAAUAUCUUCAUGAAACUUUAGAGGAGGUAGAAAUUUUAAAAACUGAACUUGAGGCAUCUCAACGACAACUUGAAAGUAAAGAGGAAGCACUGAAAAUUCUUCAAAGCAUGGCAAUACUUGGCAAAGCCACAAGUCAUACCCAGGCAGUGCUUCAAAAAACUAUGGAACAAAAGAGAUUCUUGGAGAAGGAAAUAAAUGCCUUACAGUGGGAAAUAGAAUUUGAUCAGAAUAGAUUUAAAAAUAUAGAGGAAUCUUGGACUCAAAAAUAUGACAGACUAAGCUGUGAAAAUGCCAUCCUCAAAGAAAAUUUGAAACUGAAAACAGAAGAAAUUAAAAUGCUAAAGUCUGAAAAUGCAGUUUUGAAUCAACAGUAUUUGGAGGUCCUCGCCAUGCUUGAUAUCAAACAGCAGAAGAUGGCUCAGGAAAACAUGUGCCAUGAUAAAAGUGGCUGUGCAGAGGUUUCAAGUCUUGAGCUUGCAGUCCUUGGAGCCUGCCUCUGUCAUGGUCCUGGAGGGAGCCCCUGUUCUUGUGCCAAAAUGGCAGCAUCCACUCGGAAACUGCUUCUUCAGCUCAAACAAGAGUUGGAACUUUUGCAGAAGAGUAAAGAAGAAGCUUAUAUAAUGGCGGAUGCAUUCAGAAUUGCAUUUGAGCAACAAUUAAUGAGGAAAAAUGAACAGGCACUAAGAUUGACACAAAUGGAUAAAAUGUGUAAAAAAGCAACAAAACGGAUAAAUUGGAAACACCUUAAAGAGGAUGGAUAUCCAUCACAGAGGAGUAAGAAGACCUUAGGGCAGAAACUCUUGGGUAUGCUCCCUUCAGAAAACAGUCCGAAGCAGACAGAAGACCAGGAUAACCCUCAAGAAGUCUUUAAGAUGUUAAUAGAUUUGUUGAAUGAUAAAGAAGAAGCUUUGGCACAUCAGAGAAAAGUUAGUUACAUGCUUGCUCAGGCAUUGGAAGACAAAAACACUGUCUCAAAAGAGAGUGAAGAAAAAAAUCCUAUGAAAGAGAACUUUCCAUUCAAAAACCCCCGGCAUAAAACUUCAGAAUCCUCUGUUUUGCAUGAUCCUGUACGUUCAAGUGUCCAAACUUUUAAUUCUGUGGGCUGCAUUUGUUCAAUCCAGCACCCUCAAACAGAUCCAAACUACACAAGAACUCUUAAAAGAUCUCGUUCUUUGCCAUCAAGUAUCAUAUUUUGAAGACAAACCAGUUGAAAUUAGAACUGAGAGCUGUUUAUAUCAAGAGAUUUUGAAAAAGGGUUGUGUAAAUGUUGCUACAUUUUGAGAAGUUGUAUGUUUUCCAGGCAUUUCUAAAUUUUAGGAGGCAGCUUAAAUCAAACAUUUUCUAUAUUUUCUACAAGAAAUUAUUUAGUAUUCUGUGUUGACACAUUUAUAAAUAAUAUUACUACAGAUUAUGAAGUUUUUGUGUUUGCCAACAUCUUAAAAACCAACAAAAUGAUUUUGGAGGAAAGCAAAAAAAUUGUUUAACUAUUUAGGUUGACUACAGGGAUCUUAGAUUGGCUGCAUCAGCAACAUAACAAUGUAUCUUAAUGCUCUAAGAAGUAACAACGCCUAGGAGUGACUGAAUGUUAAUUUUUUAAAAAAUAUACGAGAUCUGGAAAGUAUCCAGCCAUGUAAUAUUAAAAAUAGAGACAUUUACUGAAGAACAUACAAGAAACUGUGCAUAGGACAAUGACGCCUCAGUCCCUUUCAAAGUAGGCACCUUGGGACCUCACACAGUUCUCCCAGCAUCUUUUAACCGAACCCAUACAGAUUCAACAUUCUCAGGUGUUCUGCUUGUUGCAGGCCUUCAUGGAUUUGUUGACAUCAUCAUCUUAUUUGCAGUGAUUGGUUACUUAUAUUAGGCCAAAGAGAAAUUGAAUAAUCAUGUGAAUGUAUUUAUGUAACUGACCUUUGAGGCAGUAGCAUAUGGUCAUGGCUAACAAUAUAAUUUGGAGGAAUCAAGAAAUUGAGGUGUCUUUAUAUAGUUCCCCUGAAUUCAGAACAAGUAUUUGAUAUUUCAAUAAAUUUCUUAUUUUACAUUA